AUGGGCAAGAAGAGUGGUGAUAUUAUCGUGGAGGAGUGUGUCGAAGUUGGCUCUGAGUCGAGGCCCGUUGAGGGUGUUGUGACGCGGGAGCAUUUGGAGGAGUCGCCGGUCCAAAGCGAAGGGUUGGUAAAGCGUGCAUGCAGAAAGCUCGAAGGUUUGUCGCGGCGGAUCGAUGCGCUCGGGGUGGAGACCACUGGGAUCGAGCGGAUCGAGCCCUACGAACGUGGGUCUGCUGGGCGCCAGUUUGUGCAAGUAGCCGGGUUCUUCCUGAGCGCAACGGGCGGGCUAUCGUCGAUGUCAUCUUUCCUGCUGGGCCCGCUCUUGUUUGGGCUUGGGUUCAAAGAGUGUCUCACUUCCGGGCUUGUUUCGAUGGUCAUUGGGUGUCUUGUGGCCGCGUACUGCUCGAUUAUGGGUCCACAGUCUGGGUGUCGGCAGAUGGUUACAGCGAGGUACCUUUUCGGGUGGACUUUUGUGAAGUUGCCCGCGUUGGCGUCCAUUCUCGGGGUGCUCGGAUGGGCUGUGGUGAAUUGUGUCGUUGGUGGGGAGAUGCUUGCUGCAAUCUCGAACGGUAAAGUUCCGAUUGCCGUUGGCGUUGUGAUUGUGAUGGUGUGUUCGUUUUUUGUCGCGGUAUUUGGUAUUAAGCAAGUAUUGAAAGUUGAGACGCUGAUUUCUGUACCCGUACUGACAACGUUCCUUCUACUGUACAUCUGUGCAAGUGACAAGUACAAGUACGUGUCAGUGUACAACACGGAUAGUAUGCCGCGGUUGGAAUUGAAGGGCAACUGGCUGAAUUUCUUCACGCUGUGCUACAGUAUCACGUCGACGUGGGGGUCGAUCACGUCCGAUUACUACAUCUUGUUCCCGGAGUACACGCCCAAGUGGCAGGUAUUUACGUUAACUUUCCUGGGGACCGCUGUACCUACGCUCUUUGUGGGUGUUCUCGGGUUACUACUAUCGAGCGCUGCAGUGUCGUAUGAACCUUGGCAGGCAAGCUACGACAAGCACGGGAUGGGUGGACUGCUAUGGUCUGGGUUCUCCCGGUGGGGCGGGUUUGGCCGGUUUCUUGUCGUUGUGUUGCUUUUGAGUCUUGUCUCUAACAACAUCAUCAACACGUACUCUGCAGCGUUCUCGAUCCAGUUAUCCAGUGUACACGCUGCACGGAUCCCGCGGUGGUUCUGGUGUAUUGUAUGCACCGCGGUGUACUUCGUCGCUGCACUUGUCGGACGCAACCACUUCAGCACAAUCCUGGGGAACUUUUUGCCCAUGAUCGGGUACUGGCUGAGCAUGUACUUCAUGUUGCUUCUCGAGGAGAACGAGCUGUUCAGGCGUUGGUUCCUGCAUCUCUACACGCUGGAGUUCCCCGGAGGCCCGGAGUCCACCACAACUACAACUACCAAGACUGCUAUUGCGGUGACCCCACGGAGCGUUGACGAGUGGAAACGUCGCCACCGCAGCGCGCAGGGACACCGGUACAACUGGGACCGUUGGAACGACCAGUCCGUACUGACGCACGGGUACGCGGCCACGUUUGCGUUCGUGUGCGGGAUCGCGGGCGUCGUCGUCGGGAUGGCGCAGGCGUACUGGAUCGGGCCCGUCGCGCGCCAUUUUGGACCCGAGGGAGGAGACAUAGCGAUGUGGCUCGCGAUGGGCAUCUCUGGUAUCGUGUACCCGCCCUGUCGGUACCUCGAGCUGCGCCGGUUCGGCAGGUGA